AUGGCUGGUCCAGUUGUGUCAUCAUUUGACCAAACUGUCAGCAGUACAGAAAUCAGCACGGAUUCGAACCCUAGACCCUCACACACUGAUGGGGGAUUGAUGACAGCAGACACGUACAGACAAAUCGUUUCUUUCUGCCUGUUUGUCAAUAGCGUCAUCAGCCCUCUAGGCAUCAUCUUCAACAUCAUCAACAUCGUCGUUUUCUGUAAACUUGGCUUUAAAGAGAGCACCAACAUUAUCCUGGUCAGUUUGGCUGUGACGGACAUUUGUAUUUUGAUGACGUUACUGGGACUGACCGUCAACGCGAAUCUGAUGGCGAUGGGCGGGGCCAACUUUGACUUUCUCGCUGCUGUCGCCUAUUUAGUUCUGGGUUGGCCUAACGUUUUGACAACCCGAAUAUCAGGUUGUCUGACAACCUACCUGACCUUUGAAAGGUUUCUGUGUGUGGUCCUGCCACUGAGGGUAAAGACAAUCUUACAGAAGAAAACGGCCUUGACAUUUAUCAUAGCGCUGUGUGUGUUCACGAUCGCGUACUCAUUUCCCAUUUUUAUGACCUACAGCAUCGGUCUGAGGUUCAACCCCAUGUCAAACCAAACCUCUGUUGGACUUAUCGUGGCGGAGAACAGUGACUUUGUCGAGGGAGAGAAUCUGCACUACGUAUAG